AUGGCGGGUCAAGAUAUCACUACAGACCUUCUCAUCAUUGGGUCGGGUCCUGUAGGAGCCACCUACGCGAGAAAGAUCGCGGAGCUGAGCGCUAAUUCGCAGAAAAAGCCAAAGAUUACUAUGGUAACGUUGGACGGCAGGUACGACGCCCUAACAGCUCCUUUAACAUGUGCAACACCCGAGCCGCACCAAGCCGAGCUACCAAGCAAAUACCGAGCUGAAGAUUGGGGCACGCUUAUGAAAGAGGCCAAAGAGUUGAUCGAUGUCAACAACACUGCGUUUGACGAGACCUCUCUCCGUCAAGCAAUUGUGAAGGAGGCACUGACAAAGUCCUUCGAGGGUAGACAAGUUGAAUCGCUUCCACUUGCCUGCACAAGGGAUGCUACAGAUGGCUCGGCUAGGUGGUCGACAGUUUCCACCAUCCUCGGCGAUCUAGUUGAUCUCAAGUCUUCAAAGGCUGAGCAAUUUGAGCUGCUGUGCGAGCACCUGUGCACGAAACUGGUUUUCCAAGAUCCUUCAAAUAAGGAUAACAAUCAGAUUGCCCAUGCCAUUGUCAAGGAUCUUGAACAAGGAGGAGAAAAGAAAGUCUUCGCGCGUUACUAUGUCAUAUGUGGAGGUGGCAUCAAAACUCCCCAAUUGCUUUUCAGCUCCGGCUGUGAGCAAUCAGGUUCAAGUGACCGUCUCCCUGCCUUGGGACGCUAUCUAAUGGAUCGGAAAUCGGCGCUAUGUCAAGUAAUCCUUAAAAAGGACAUAGUUCAUGCCGUGCCGAAAGCCAACAGCGAGGUCUGGCAGGGCCUGAUCAAUGAACACAAACAGAAAUACCCAGAGGAUAAGAUUCCCAUCCCCAAAAGUGACCCCGAACCACAGGUUGGUUUGCCUUUCUCUGAGGAGAAACCGUGGUACACUGAGAUUCACCGUGACCCUACUUUUUCCAAAUCCGAGGGGAACUCGCAGUUACCUACGUUUGGUGGUAGCCCUGCUUUGUUCAACUCUGAGCGGAACCCGCUGUCAACUAUGUUCGGUGGUAACCCUGCUCCUGUCGGUAAACCUAGCAGUACCGUCGACCAGCGGGUGGUGCUUCAUCUUCAAUCAUUUGGAUAUAGCACACCUAAUGCAGCAAAUUGCCUUAAGUUCACAACCGAUAUAGGAGAUAGAUGGGGUAUGCCCAUGUACGAGGCUCAAUUUGAGCAAAACACAGAGGAUAAUGAAAGAGGGCAUAAGAUGAUGAGCGAUAUGACGGAAGUUGCUGCGAGUCUAGGAAGCUAUAUGCCAGGUGCAACGCCGCAGUUUGGGGGUUUGGAAAAAGCCCCGGAUGGAUAUGGAACUACUCGCGUAGGCUCGACCAAGGAGGACUCGUGUGUGGAUGCGAACUUUUGCGUUCAUAAUUCGACGAACUUGUAUCUCGGUGGCAACAGUGUGAUCCCAACAGGUUUCGCAGGUAACCCGAUACUGACAACGAUUGGAUUUGCGAUCAAAGGUGCAUCUGACCUUUACAAGAAGAUGGUGAAUUAA